AUGUGCUUCGAGCGCCUGGUCAGCCUGAGGUGCGGUCACUACGAAUCCUACCAGUUGGACAAGACAGGGUGCAAGUAUCAGGCUGGUCGCCGGUGCCCGAACUACAUCCAGCUUCAAAUCCGCCAGGACAAGAAUCGGAGCUGUCCCAGCUGCAAAGCCAACCUUCUGGCCACAUUCGGCAUCGCCAGUCCGAGCCUCAGAUGGGCGAAAUAG